AUGAAACUGAUCGCAGCAAUAUUUCUUAUCAUAUUUUUAUUGUUUGGCAGUAAUUCUGAACACGUUUGUCAACUUCCUAAAUUGGAGGAACCGAGUUUUGGUGUUUACUCUGGUUCCAUAAAUAAACGCUAUUUGGGUCGGCAAAAUUUGAAAAUUACAACAUAUUAUGACAAAACAGUAAUUAAAAGUGACGCUGCUGCACAAAUCGUGGAUGAUUCUAAUACCAUAUUGAAUGAGAUUAAAUUGAGUACUAAGUUGGAUUUAUUUGAUAAACAAAACAACAAUUGUAUUCAUUGA